AUGCACGGACUCUGUGGGAGUCGGUUUUCCUCCGGCCCAAUCGGAGGCGACUAUCCAGUGGAGGCGGUACAGCCACUCACUCAAUCAGAGAAAGCAAGAAGGGAGAAGGAAAGAGAUGUUUCCUAUUUCCGAUACCAAGCCUUGAUUAAAAAAGAACUCUUUGUGGAUGAGGUGUGCAAACAAGAUCAGACUGGGAGAAGUGAAGGCUGUUGCUACUCCUUUCAAGCAGCGAACCAUGUGGGCUCUGUUACAUUGAAACAGCUGAAGUUUGAUGGUGAAACCAACCUAAAAGCACAGCAGGCUUUACCUGUGACCUCGGAACUUGGAGCUGAGAUUAGCAAGCUUGCAGAGUUUGAUGAAGUUGUCUGUGAAACUCCUAACAAUAUGCUGAAUAAUUUUUCACGAGUUCUUUCUUGGAAGGAUGACAAUCAUUGUCUUACCAAUGAAGAAGUGCUGCUGCGAGGCUGUGUGUGGAGAAACACAGAUAGCUGCUUUGGAACGGUUAUUUUUGAGGGCCCUGACACUAAAUUAAUGCAGAACAGUGGCAAAACUGAACUUAAACGAACAAGCAUUGAUUGACUAAUGAACACUUUGGUGUUGUGGAUUUUUGGACUUCUGAUAUGAAUGGGAAUUAUUCUAGUGAUAGGAAAUUCAGUUUGGGAUGAUUGGGUUGGAGGCGAUUUCAAAAUUUACCUGCCUUGGAAUGAAGUGGUGGUGAACAGUUUCAUGUUUUCUGGAUUUCUAACAUUUUGGUCAUACGUUAUCAUACUCAACUCAGUUGUGCCAAUUUCCUUAUAUGUGAGCGUGGAACUGAUUCGUCUUGGACAUAGUUACUUCAUCAGCUGGGAUCGUAAAAUGUAUUUUUCCAAAGAAGAUACUCCUGCAGAGGUCCGCACUACCACUCUCAGUGAAGAGCUGGGACAAAUGGAGUACAUUUUUAUGGACAAAACGUGGACACAAUUAAACAUAAUGACUUUUAAUAAGUGUUCGAUUUAUGGAAACUUUUAUGAUGAAACAUGUGAUGCUGUGGGCCCCAAAACAACAAUCAACGAGGAAGUACCGGUGGAUUUCUCAUUUAACCCACUAGCAGAUAGUAAAUAUAGCUUCUAUGUCCAUCGCCUGACUGAGUCCAUUAAAUUAGGAUACCUGCAAGUUCAUGAACUCUUUAGACUGCUUUCUCUCUGCCACACAGUGAUGCCUGAAGAGAAAACACCAGGUGAUCUAAUUUACCAAGCUCAAUCACAAGAUGAAGGUGCUCUUGUAACUGCAGCCGGGAAUUUUGGAUUCAUCUUUAAAUCUCGUACCCAGACGAUCGCAGUAGAAGAAAUGAGUAGACUUGUGACGAUCCAGCUCUUGGCAAUUUUGGAUUUCAACAAUACCCGGAAAAGAAUGUCUGUAAUUGUUCAGAACCUGGGUGGACAGAUAACACUUUAUUCUAAAGGUACAGACGCUAUUUUAUUUGAGACACUUCAUCCAUCCAGUAAAAGUCUAAUGUCUUUAACUUCAGACCAUCUUAAGGAAUUCGCUGGAGAAGUCUUUCGAACUUUAAUGCUGGCAUACAAAAAUGUGAGCGAAGAGCAAUUUCAGGAGUGGUUUAAAAUGUAUCAGAAGGCAAAUGCUUCACCAGAUCGAGGUAAACUUCUUGCUUUAGCAUAUAAUGAAAUUGAAGGAGACAUAGACAUUUUAGGUGCCACUGCUAUAGAAGACAAAUUACAAGAAGGAGUUGCAGAAACUAUUGCUAGCGUAUUGCUAGCCAACAUUAAGAUCUGGGUCCUGACAGGAGACGAGCAAGAAACAGCUAUGAACAUUGGUUACUCCUGUGACAUGUUCACUGAUGCCUUGGGUGCAAUUUUCAUAAUGGAUGGUCACACAAGGAAGGACGUGUGUGAAGACCUUAGGAAAGCGAAAGAUCGUAUCUUUGGACUAAAGAGAGGACAUUCUACUGACUAUGGACGUGCUGAAAAAAUCCAGGAUUCCAGGCAAGGCGUGGAAGAAACUGUCAUGGGUGAUUAUGCAUUAGUAAUAAAUGGACACAGCCUUGCCCACACGCUUGAAGCUGAUCUGCAAAAUGAGCUUUUGGAAGCUGCUUGCAUUUGUAAAACAGGGAUCUCAAUCUGUUGUCGAGUAACACCCUUGCAGAAAGUGCAGAUGGUAAAAGUGCUUAAGAAACAUAGGAAAGCCAUCACCUUGGCUGUCGGGGAUGGAUCCAACGAUAUUGGCAUGAUCAAAAGCGCUCAGAUAAGGAUCGGUAUUAGUGGCCAGGAGGGGAGGCAAGCUGUUCUGAACAGUGGUUACUCUUUUGCUCAGUUCAGAUACCUCCAGAGGCUCUAGCUUGUUCAUGGCAGGUGGUCCUAUUUCCGGAUGUGCAUGUUCCUGUGUUAUUUCUUCUACAAAAACGUUGCCUUCACUCUGGUGCACUUCUGGUUUGGUUUCUUCUGUGGCCUUUCAGCUCAGACUGUUUAUGACCAAUAGUUUAUCACCCUCUUCAACAUUGUGUUUACCUCUUUGCCUGUGCUAGCAAUGGGAUUGUUUGACCAGAAUGUGAAGGAACAGGAUUGUCUUGAUUUUCCAAAGCUGUAUGAGCCCGGGCAACUAAACCUUUGGUUCAACAAGCACAGAUUUUUCAUCUGCAUAGCACAUGGAAUCUACACCUCUGUUGUUCUGUUCUUCAUCCCGUACGGUGUAUUUUAUGAUGCUGGAGAAGAUGGGAAACAUAUUGCUGACUACCAAUCUUUUGCUGUCACUGUUGCAACCUCUUUGAUAAUACUAGUCAGUGUUAAGAUUGCCUUGGAUACCAGUUAUUGAACAGGAAUCAAUCAUUUCUUCAUCUGGAGAAGUAGCACUGAAUAUUUUGCAGCUCUCUUUGCAAUGCAAAGUGAUGGAAUUUUUGAUCUGUUUCCAGACCAUUUCCCUUUUGUAGGAAAUGCUUGGAGCUCUCUGGGCCAGUUAAAUGUCUGGCUUGUCAUUUUCUUGACUACUGUGGUUUUGGUUGUUCCUGUGAUAAUAUUUCGUUUUAUGAUGGUGGAUUUAAGUCCUAUGCUGAGUGAUCAGGUACAGCUCUUGCAUUGAGCUAAAAAGAAACAGAAACCCUUACAAAGAUAUAUGCAGCAGACGCACAGCGCUAGCUCACGAAGGUCUGCGUAUGCGUUUGCUCAUCUAGAGGGCUAUGGGGAACUCAUAACAUCUGGAAAAAAUAUGUACAUCAAUCUGCAUUCAGUAUCAGGGAUGGGUAAAGCUAUGCAGAAUAAACGGAUGGAGAACUUGCGUAAGAGAACACUGGACACUUUUUCAUCCACGUUGACAGUCUGUAGACUUUUGAAAGUGGUAACUGGUGAAAAGAAGAAAGGGCGAUCUGCCAUCAACGAGGUGGUCACUUGGGAGUAUACUAUCAACAUUCAUAUGCGGAUCCAUGGCGUGGGUUUCAAGAAGCGAGCUCCAUGGGCUCUCAAGGAAAUCCAUAAAUUUGCAAUGAAGGAGUUGGGGACACCUGAUGUACGCAUUGAUACUCGCUUGAAAAAAGCUGUCUGGGCAAAAGGCAUAAGGAGUGUUCCUUACCGCGUCCAGUGCUUUGUUUGUUCUGAUCUUCACCUUUUCCAUAUCUGGCUGCAGCACCAAUCUAUCAUCAAACAGGGGUAA